UCCUUCGCUGAUUUGCGCUCCGUUGCGGCCAAGAGGCUUCCUGGUGGGUCCAUGCUCCUCUGCUAAAGGCGCACAGGUUUCGCCCGCUUCAGGGGUUGGGCUGGGCGCGUGGGUCCCUCUGGAGAAGAAUGUGUACUUGAGGGCUUGGUUGGAGAAGGUGCUCCGGGAAGGUUAGGGCAGAGCCAGCUGCUGCCCACACGCCUCUCUGGGAACUGUGCUGCUCGAGUGUUAGGCUGUCCUAAGUCGCGAGGUGCCCUGACAAUUUCUGCCAAAUCCGCACCCCGAAGGCUUGGAGCAGCGUCAAGGCGCUGCGCUGCUGUCAUGCUCUUGGCGCUGGGCGACCGGAGCCUCAACCUUUCCAACCAGAGCGCGGCGGGAAGCGCCGGUAACUUGAGUUUCGACAACCAGCUGCUGGCCUCUCCUGCUGGGAGCCUGGGACGGACGGGACACCUGACGGUGGCUGUGUGCCUGGGCGUCAUCUUGCUCCUGGGCAGCCUCAGCAACCUCCUGGUGGUGCUGAUCUUCGUCAAGUUCCAGGCCAUCCGGACGCCCAUCAACCUGAUCCUGCUCAACAUCAGCCUCAGCGACCUCCUGGUCUGCGUCUUCGGGACCUCUUUCAGUUUCGCUUCCAGCGUGCGCGGCCGUUGGCUCCUAGGCAAGGCCGGCUGCAAGUGGUACGGCUUCGCCAACUCCCUCUUCGGCAUCGUUUCCCUUACGUCUCUUUCCAUCCUCUCCUACGAACGCUACGCCACGGUCCGGCAGAGGCAGGCCAAUCCGGCUGUGUCCAGUUACACCAAGUCCUGGCUUUGCAUCAUUGGCUCCUGGAUCUACUCUUUGUUCUGGACCUUGCCGCCUCUUUUCGGCUGGAGCAGCUACGGCCCCGAAGGGCCCGGCAUGACCUGCUCUGUCUCUUGGCAUGCCAAGUCUCCCAGCAACUUCUCCUACAUCAUCUGCCUCUUCAUCUUCUGCCUUGUCUUGCCCCUCCUGACGAUGAUCUACUGCUAUGGGAAAAUCCUGCAGACGAUUAGAAAGCAGGUCUGUAGAUUCCACGUGACAUCUGUUCAGAAAAGAGAACACCACGUCCUGUUCAUGGUUGUGUCAAUGGUCACCUGUUACCUCCUCUGCUGGAUGCCAUAUGGAAUUGUCUCCCUGAUCGUGACAUUUGGCCAGCCCGGAAUAAUCAGCCCCUCAGUGAGCAUUAUCCCGUCCAUUCUGGCCAAGACUAGCACGUUUGUGAACCCCAUCCUUUACGUCCUCUUGAACAAGCAGUUUUACAAGUGUUUCAUCCUUCUCAUAAAAUGCGGGCCUGCACCAAAGCAACUGCAAACUACUUUGAAUUCAAAAGGAAGCCAGGAUUUCAACAAUGCAGCUGGUGGAACGUUCGAAAUCCAGUUGUCCUGCAUGCAAAGAGAUGAAAGGCCAAACCAAAGGGAUGCUGGACUCCCUCCUACAAGGAAGCAGAAAACUCCUGUGGUUUCACUAUGAGUCGUAGAGGCUUGAAGAGGCUUGUUCUGGCAUCUUCAGCCUCAUGCCCAUUUGAUGACUUGCACCUAGACUUCCAAACUGAUCCAAAGUCACACGUGCUUGCUCAAAACUUUGAGAGCAGUUAGAGGUGAGUGGAGGACCUUCUCUCUAGAAAUGCCCAGUGCUACCCUGCUUGUUGCUGGAGUGUAGCACCAGAGUGACAAAGCGUGACCUCUGCUGUAUGGAAAAGAAAUCAGAAGAUGCUGUCAGCUUUUUAGGUUUUGCACAGGAGAGCAGGUGACUCAUUGCUGCCUCUCUCUGCCAGCCAGUUCCAGUCAGAUGCCUGUCGACACUACUACAACUUUAUGCCACCUUUAUUGCAGUUUAAAUGUUGUGGCUUCCCCCAAGAUCAGAGGCGUAACUAGGUUCUCUUCCACUCUUGGCAAGGAGAUUUAUUGGUGCCUCCAAAUCAAGUGGAGAUCAUGGACCAGAAACUCAAAAGGUUUUGUUGUCACCUUCUGGCUCUGCAAGUGACUUCCUCCACGGCCAUUAGUGACUUCUAAUGCCAUGAGCAUUAGAAACUACCUUAUACUGCUGGCCUUUGUAGGCUAGGCAUCCUCAGUAUUCUUUUGACUACAGUCCCCAUCAGCCCUAGCCAAGGACGAUGGGACUUUUAGUCCAUAGCAUCUGGAAGGCACCAGUUUGUGGAAAGGCUGAUGCAGGCCCAGUUACCGUCAACCCAAACUGAGAACAACUGUCCAGGAUCUCAGGCAGAGAGGGGCCUAACUAUUGAGAGAUACUACCUGCUACCUGUGCCUCCUCUCUCAAUCUGUCUUGGCGUUUGUAUACUUCCUGGUAUGAUGCAAGCAAUGUCCUCAGGCCAGGCCUUGUGCAGAGCUUAGGCCGACGGCUACGUAAGGCACCGAGAAGAGCUCAGGUGUUGCUUCAGCGACAGCCAGGGCUCAUCCAAACUUACGCUUUUCCCGCUGCUUUCCUCCUCUUUACCACUGAAUUGGAGUAAACAUCAAUUGGGUUUUCUGCAGAUUAGUGUUUGUUCUGAUUCAGCAAUGAAGAGUUGGUUGUCCCAGGAAAAGCAGUGGGGCAAACAGAAAAACUGCUCAAACCUGUGGCUAGAAAGCAUGGGUCAAGCAGAAACCUCUCAGACCCAUGCUGUCUAGGCAUGGGACAAGCUUAAACAUGGACAAGCCCUGAGACGGAGCCCUAUGGUGGUACGUGUAUCCCAGUUGCAAACUCCACCUUCACUGCAAGGAGGCUCUGUGAUGAGGGAGUCCUCCAAAUCAGAGAUUGGCAGUGCUUCAUCUGUGAGCCAGAAGAACUCUGGCGCUACAUGCUCAUAUUGUGGAUGUGCUUCUGGGAUGCACUCUGUGUGCCAUUUCCCCCUCCGAACUAGAGUCCCUAGUCUCAAGUGGGAUCUUGAGACGGGAAUGAUUCCUGGCUCAUAAUGCCACCCAACUCACCCUGUCUCCUAGGUGGUUCAGAAAUAGAAGUCAAGAAAUGCAAAUCCAACCAGCGAGAGGCUUAAAAAAAGAAAAGAAAAGAUCAAUGCAGAAUCCACUGUCAGCAGAAAAUGAGCCUGAAACCAUUGUGAUGUGACAUGAGAUCACUAAAAACAUAGCACUCAAACCCAAUGAAAGAGGGAAACGAAAGAGAUGUAAACAGGCUGGAAGAGCAAAGGAAUCUCCACCUGAUGCCUACUUGUGUCAGUGUGAUGUGGCCGGUGGCAGAGCUUCAUGCUCUGGCACCGGGGGGCAGAGAGCAGGCGAUCCCCUUGCACUCCUCUUCCUCCGCUAGUGGAUGUGGCUACCAUUUGUCAGGCUGGUUUUUCCAAUAUGUUUCUCCAUCUUGAAUCUUGAAUCAUGGAGGAUCAUCUAGUAAAACCCUGUGCAGCUCUCUGCAGCCUUGUUCUUAUCAGCACCAUGCUUUAACAAACUGAGCUAUUUUGGGCUGCUAGAGCUGAUAGGACUUGCACCUGGAUAGCACUAGAUUGAGGAAGUUCUGGGAUAGUGUGUCAGACCAGGCCUAGGGAAAUUUGGAAUUCAUAUCUUGCCUCUGUCCUGAAGCUCAUUGGCCAAUCUUAUCCCAAUCUCUAUCAAAGGGUUGUUGCAAGAAUAAAAUUGCAGAGUUGGGGAGAAUCAUGUACACCACCUUGAAUUCCUGAGCAGCAUAGAAAUGUAGUAGGAUAAUAAAUCUUACCAUAUGAAUUGUCCCAGAACCAGUGAUCAUUAUUUUAGGUCCUUUUUCACGUGCCUCCUCCAUGAGAGAUCUGGAGGAUAGCAACACGAGAAUAGGUAUUUC